AUGCCAAUAACUGGGGGUAUUGCAGCACCAAAAAUUAUACCAUUAAAGUCAGAAGAUAAAGAAACAUUACAAGGUUGCAUUGAUACCCAAACGUUUAUUGAAAUUGUAUCAGAUACACCAAACGCACGACUAUAUUUCACAACAAAUGGAAAAAAUCCUAACCCAUGGAAGAGAAAAGUUGAUGGUCGUGAAGUGACUUUUGUGUAUAAAGCUCCAUUCGCCCUUCGUCCUGGUAAAAGAGUUGUUAAAGCAAUAGCUGUUCACAGUGUAACAAAUGUGGAAAGUCAUACUGUCACACGAAAAUUUAGAGUUAUAGAUAGUGGUAAUAAAGAUAAACGGCUUCACAAUGGAGAUAAACCUACUGGCAUGGAAAGUGAUGAAGAAAAUUUAUCAAGUGAUGCUUUGGAAAUGCUUGAUAAUUAUGAUGAUGAUGAUAACGAUGGUGUAAAUGGUAAUGUUUAUAGUCCAGCUAUAAUACGAAAACAAAAUGAUGACUACACAGAUGAUGUAAUUGAAAACUUUAUGCGUAGAAAUGCAGAUCAAGGUUUUGCAGCGACAAAUCAUUCAGGUACACAAAUUAAUCUAUGGGGUCAAAUGCCAGGUUUGAAUUGGGAUAUACGUACACCGAAUUCAAGUAAUAUUUCUGGUUCAUAUCCAAUGCUUAAUAAUAAUACAAUACCAUAUUGGUCUACACAACCAUCAAUAAAUAUGGAAAAUUUUGUAAGUCCACAACAAUUAAGCGCAAUAGCAAAUCAUCUUACACAAUGUAUUGAUCAAACACGUCAUAUGACUGUGACAGAAGUUCGAGAACUUAUAAAACAAGUAACAGAGAAAAUUACACCAAAACAAAAUGAUUCUGUUAAUUCUAUAAAUCAAUCAUUAUCAACAAUAAGUCAAGGAAUGGGCAAUAUAAAUGAACAAAUUGAACAUGUAAAAUAUCAUUUAAUUGAAUACAUAAAACGAGAUAAGGCAUUUGCAGGACUUUUAUCACAAGCUAAAAUUGGUAAUGUAAUCUCUGCAGAUUUCGAUGAAAAUGAAGAUAGCUACUUAUUAACAAUCCAUCUUGAUAAACCAAUUAAAGCUAAAAAACCCCAUAGAGAUUCUCAAGAUUCAGGAAAAAAAUCAAAUCAAAAUAAAUCAAUGGGACCGCCUAAAACACCAACACCUAACAGACCAAGUUCCCUUAAAAAAGAAAAUAUUCCUUAUUCACCAGAAAAGACAAGUCAAAAAGACGAUAAUACUGAAGAUACUAAGUCGGGUUCUGUUGACAUAUCUACACAUGAUCAGUACCGUGAUCUCGAACCAACUUUAAAACCAUCAGCUAAAUUUGAUGUUGAUAAAGAUUGUGAACAAUUACAUCAAGCUAUGGCUGGAAUGGGAACUAAUGAAAAAUCAUUAAUUGAAGUGAUGGGUCAUCGAUCUUCUGAACAACGAGUAACUAUAACACAAAAAUAUAAAUCAAUAAUUAAGUGGAAGUUUUAUGAUUGUAUGGAAGCUUUAUGCUAUUCACCAGUUGAAUUUGAUGCACGUGAACUGCGUAGAUCAAUGAAAGGAGCUGGUACGGAUGAAGAUGCUUUAAUUGAAAUUUUAUGCUCUAGAACAAAUGCACAAAUUAAGCAAAUUAAAGAGACUUAUUCUAAAAUAUUCCCUAAUCGUGAUUUAGAGAAUGAUGUAAAAAGUGAUACAUCACGUCAUUUUAAACGUGUAUGUGUUGCUCUAUUACAAGGUGAUAGAGAUGAAUCAUUAAAAGUAGAUAUGGAACUUGUUCGUAAAGAUGCAGAAAAUUUAUAUAGAGCAGGUGAACAAAAAUUAGGGACAGAUGAAUCAAGGUUUGUUCAAAUAUUGAUUUCACGGUCAUUUGCUCAUUUACGUUUAUUAUUCGAAGAAUAUUCAACUAUUGGUAAAAAGAAUAUUGAAGAUACUUUAAAAUCAGAAAUGCAUGGUGAUACACUUCGAGCAUUUUUAUCUAUCGUUUCUUGUAUUAAAAAUAAACCGAAAUAUUUUGCUGAGAAAUUAGAAAAAUCAAUGAAACGAUUAGGAACUGAUAAUAGAACACUGAUACGUAUUAUUGUAUCACGUUGUGAAGUUGAUUUAGGCAUAAUUAAAAAAGAAUUCUCAAGUUUAACUGGUAAAACAUUAGAAUCUUAUAUACAUGAUGAAACAAGCGGUGAUUUACGUCUAAUACUAUUAGCUUUGGUGGGAGCAUAA